AAAUCAAUUAUCAGAGCAACAAAAGCAAACAAAAUACAAAGAAUAAAACACAAGCUUUUGAAUAAAUUUGAAGAAGAAUAAAAUCAUGAACACCCUGAACAUGAAGUUCGUUGUCGUGGUGGUGUGCCUUGCCGUGUUCAUCGGAACCACCUGGGGCAAUGUGCUCGAAAGCGCCAAAACCACUGCAGGGGAUGCCAAGGACGCCGCCGCCCCAACGGUCAAAGCUGCCAAGGACUCCGCCGCGUCAGCCGCCGAAACUGCCAAGGAUGCCGCCGCACCCGCUUUUGAUGCCUUUGCUCCCUCCGAGGAAGGUGCCGGCGCACCCUCUGAGUCUUUUGCUCAGUGGGCUUACGAGAAAAUUUCCGGUGGUUUGGGGUUGAGAACCGAAGAGGACAAGUCAAAAGACGAGGACAAAAGUCGUUGAAAAUGACAAGUUACAAUUCUAAGUAAGAGGAUGCGAAGGCUACUUAGUAAUAGAUUAUCAAGAACUUCAAUUAUGUUCUUAAUGGGAAGUUCUAGUAAUGUGGCUACCGUUACAUCAGAAUCAGUGUAACGAGUCAGUUUUUUUUUUUUUUUUCUAUUUUUCUUUUUCUUUGCAUAGGGAAAGGGUGGUUGGUUGUGCCCUUAUACCUUAGUUCCCAUGUUGCACUGGUUUUGUCACUUGGCUGCCACAACUCUAAUAAUAAAUAUACUU